AUGAACGCGAUCCUCCGCAUGGUCCAAGAGACCCAAGACUCGCUCUCCGACGAUGCCCUCCUUCCCCUAAAGUCGUAUAAGUACUCGGCCGUCGACAAGUCCCCUAUCUCGAACUAUAUUCUCAAGCACUACUGGAAUGCUUUUGUUGAGUUUUUGCCCAUGUGGAUGGCCCCGAACAUGGUCACCCUGCUCGGGUUCAUGUGGAUCGUGGGCAAUGUCUUAUUGAUUGAGAUCUUCAUGCCCGAUCUUGAGGGUCCGGGCCCUUGGUGGUUGUACUUUAGCUUCGCAUUGGGCUUGUGGAUGUACUCAACUCUGGAUAAUGUCGACGGUAAACAAGCACGCCGAACCGGAACUUCCAGCGGGCUGGGAGAGUUGUUUGAUCACGGAAUCGACUCUUUGAACUGCACCCUCGCCAGUCUUUUAGAGACUGCUGCUAUGGGCUUCGGUGCCUCGACUCUGGGUGCUUACACUGCGCUCAUUCCGUGUCUUGCCAUGUACUUCUCUACUUGGGAGACCUUCCACACCCACACUUUGUACCUGGGCUACUUCAACGGCCCCACUGAGGGCCUUCUCAUUGCCAUCAGCAUUAUGAUCGCCUCUGGAAUCUGGGGCCCUGGCAUCUGGUCGCGCCCUAUUACCGAUCUGAUCAACAUUCCCGCACUGUUCGGAACCAACUCGGUCAAGGACAUCUGGGUGCCAAUUCUAGUCGUCGGCUUCUUCCUCGGCCAUCUGCCCGGAUGUGUUUUGAACGUGUAUUCUGCUCGUAAUAAGCAGGGCCUGCCCUUUACCCCUCUGCUGAAGGAAUGGGUUCCUAUGAUCGUGUUCACCCUGUGCAACAUGGCCUGGCUCUUCUCGCCCUACUCGACCCUUCUGUCUGACAACCACCUCGUCCUGUUCUGCACGACCAUCACCUUCGUCUUCGGACGUAUGACCACCAUGAUCAUUCUGGCCCACCUGUUGAGGCAGCCCUUCCCCUACUGGACUAUCCUGCAAGCUCCUCUCGUCAUCGGUGCGGUUCUGGUGAACCUGCCUUACAUCGGUCUCCCGCAGCUUGGCUCCUCGUUGGAGCUCUGGUACCUGCGUCUGUACUUCCUCUUCGCCUUCGUGAUAUACUCACACUGGGCCGUUCUGGUCAUCAAUCGCAUCACCACCUUCCUCGGCAUCAACUGCCUCACUAUCCGCAAGGACAAGUCCGCUGCUCGUGAUAGAGCCUACCGUGAAUUCGGUGGUGAGGCAUCUCUUCCUCUCAGCCCUGAGAGUGAGGACGACCGUCCCAAGGAUCACUAA